AAUCUAAGAUAUGAAGAAUAAAACAAGAUAAUUAAAGAUAACCAUGUCGUCAAAAAUAGAACGAGUUCCUGAAAAUAUAGAUUUUCCUAAAGAAGAGGAAAAGGUAUUGAAAUUUUGGAAGGAUAUAGAUGCCUUUCAAACUUCUCUGAAACAAUCGAAAAAUAAACCGAGAUAUUCAUUUUAUGAUGGACCACCAUUUGCUACUGGAUUACCACACUAUGGACACAUCUUAGCUGGAACAAUCAAGGAUGUGGUGACGCGUUAUGCUCAUCAGCAGGGAUACCAUGUAGAAAGACGCUUUGGUUGGGACUGUCAUGGACUUCCUGUAGAAUUUGAAAUUGACAAGACUUUGGGUAUCCGAGGUCCUGAGGAUGUAGAAAAAAUGGGCAUUGAUAAAUACAAUGCUAAGUGUCGGGAAAUAGUCAUGAAGUAUUCUAAUGAAUGGGAGAUGGUCAUCACCAGAAUGGGGCGAUGGAUUGAUUUCAAAAAUGACUACAAGACACUUUACCCCUGGUUUAUGGAGUCCAUUUGGUGGGUAUUUAAAGAACUUUACAACAAAGGAUUGGUUUACCAAGGUGUGAAAGUAAUGCCUUACUCUACAGCAUGCUCAACUCCCCUCUCCAAUUUUGAAUCUGGCCAAAACUAUAAAGAUGUAGUUGAUCCAGCUGUUGUUGUUACAUUUCCUACAAAUGAGGGCUUUUCAUUGCUAGCUUGGACAACAACUCCAUGGACAUUGCCCAGUAAUCUAGCCCUGUGUGUUCAUCCCAAAUUGACUUAUUUAAAGGUACAAGAAAAAGCAACCGACAAAAUAUAUGUUCUCCAAGAAGCAAGAUUUCCUGUUAUUUUCAAAAAUGUUGAAGAUUUUAUUGUUCUUGAAAAAUUUGUUGGUGAAAAGUUAAAGGGUAUUAAAUACACUCCUAUUUUUGAUUAUUUUGUUGGUCGCUGUCCUAAAGCUUAUCAAGUAUUGACAGAUGGAUAUGUUACUGAGGACUCUGGUACAGGUGUUGUACACCAAGCUCCUUACUUUGGUGAAGAUGAUUUCAGAGUUUGUCUUGCUGCAGGAAUUAUUACAAAAGAUCAAGAUAUAAUUUGCCCUGUUGAUGCUAGUGGAAAAUUUACCGAACCUGUCAAAGAUUUCCUAGGUCAAUAUGUUAAAGAUGCUGAUAAGAAUAUUAUAGCAAGUUUAAAAGCACGCAACCGAUUAUUACAACUUGGUCAAGUGAAGCACAGUUAUCCAUUUUGUUGGCGUUCAGAGACACCCCUAAUAUACAAAGCUGUACCAUCUUGGUUUAUUAGAGUUGAACAAAUGAAUAGGGAUCUUCUGAAAUCUAGUGAAGCUACAUAUUGGGUUCCAGAAUAUGUCAAAGAAAAGAGAUUUGGCAACUGGCUCAAGGAUGCUAGAGAUUGGGCUGUUAGUCGAAAUCGUUACUGGGGCACUCCAAUACCUCUGUGGAUUUCUAGUGAUAAACAAGAAAUCGUCUGCAUUGGAAGCAUUGCCGAAUUACAAGCUCUUACUGGUAAAGAAGUCACAGAUCUUCAUAGGGAAAGUAUUGAUCAUUUAGAAAUACGAUCAUCGCGGCCUGGUCACCCGCCUCUUAAACGAGUUACUGAAGUAUUUGAUUGUUGGUUUGAGUCUGGGUCGAUGCCCUAUGCACAAUUUCAUUAUCCCUUUGAGAAUAAAAAAGAGUUUGAAGACAUAUUCCCAGCCAAUUUCAUAGGCGAAGGUAUUGAUCAAACAAGGGGCUGGUUUUAUACCCUUAUUGUCUUAUCCACAGCUUUGUUUAGUAAGCCGCCAUUUAAAAAUUUAAUUGCUAAUGGACUUAUUUUGGCAUCUGAUGGACAAAAAAUGUCUAAAAGCAAGAAAAACUAUCCUGAUCCUUUAGAGAUAGUUAACAAAUAUGGUGCUGAUGCAUUACGACUUUAUCUUGUUAAUUCUCCUGUUGUGAAGGCAGAAAACCUACGUUUCAAAGAAGAAGGUGUUAGAGAUGUUAUCAAAGACGUUUUUCUGCCCUGGUAUAAUGCUUUUCGUUUUCUAAUGCAAAAUGUAGAAAGAAUUGUUCAAGAAGAUAAAAUAAAUUACAAGUUUAAUGUAAAGGCUGCCCGAGAAAACGUCAUGGAUAAAUGGAUAACGUCAUUCACACAAUCUUUGAUUAAUUUUGUGAAAAAGGAAAUGGCAUCUUAUCGGUUAUAUACUGUAGUGCCUAGAUUAACAAAGUUUAUCGACCAUCUUACCAAUUGGUACGUUAGAAUGAAUAGAAAAAGACUAAAAGGUGAAAACGGAGUAGACGACUGUCAGGUGGCAUUGGAUACUUUAUUUGGAGUGCUCUAUGAUAUGAUAAGAGUUAUGGCUCCAUUCACUCCUUUCUUGACUGAGUUGAUGUAUAAAAUUUUGCGUCAAUUGUUACCUGGAGAAUCCCUUGAAAGUUUACAUUUUAACAUGAUACCUGAACCAAGGCUGGAUUUGGUGGACACUAAUAUAGAAAGAGCAGUACAAAGAAUGCAAACUGUCAUUGAACUAGGCAGGGUUCUGAGAGAUCGCAAGACAAUACCAAUUAAGUAUCCAUUACCUGAACUGAUUGUAAUCCAUCGUGAUCAAACUUACUUGGAUGAUGUAAAGUCCUUGGAGGCAUAUGUUCUGGAAGAAAUGAAUGUGAAGAAAGUGCAAUUAACAAGCGAUAAAGAAAAGUAUGGAAUUAAUUUAAGAGCUGAACCAGACCAUAAAAUUCUUGGUGUUCGCUUAAAAGGCAAUUUCAAAGCUAUAACUCAAGCAUUAAAAGAUCUCACUAAUGAGCAAUGUGAAAAAUUAGUUGCUGAUGGAUCCGUUGAGUUGCUAGGCCAGCAUAUUGACGUUUCCGAAGUAAGGCUCAUAUUCCAAGCUAAGGGUAAUGAUCAAUAUGAAGCACAUAGUGAUAAUGAUGUAUUAGUUUUACUAAACGUAAUUCCCGAUCAAGACAUGCUUGAUGAAGGUUUUGCAAGAGAAAUAAUAAACAGAGUUCAAAAAUUAAGGAAAAAAGCACAUUUAGUACCUACUGAUGAGGUAGAUGUCUAUUAUUCUGUUGAGAAAAAUAGUGAUAUUAUACGCAUAUUAAAUAUGCAUCGUGAUUUCAUCGAAACAACCGUAAAAGCUCCACUUAUAACGAUAGAAAAUCUAUCGACAUCUAAAACGGUGAUUAUUGAAGAAGCACAAGAACUGAAAGGUUCUCAAUUGAAAUUGGUGAUUACGUGGAGAAAGGAGCUGGAGCUUCCUUCAAAACCUUGGGCUAAUAUUGUUUUACAGGGUUACAAGCCUAGAUUAGGUGUCACAACCGACAAGGCCAGCAUUAUCCUAAAGAAUGUAAAAGAUAAGUUUGUUACCUUGGAAAAUCUUUAUAAGGAAGUGCAAAUCCUGUUCGGCCUUUAUGGAGUAAAGUUUACACUAUGGUGUGAUGGUGUUGAAAUAAAUGAUACAAAAGAUUUAAAUACUAAAACUAUAGUUGUAUCUUCAUGUAAACCAAAUAAAUUCGACAAACAGAGUACUCCAUUCUGUAAGUUUAUUAAUGUUGGUAAUGGAACCAAAAAGGCAACAUUGUUUUUGGAAAAUCCAUUGGGCAAAGUAACGGUCAACAAGGAUCAAGCUGCGCAGUUUGUAUCCAAUUAUUUAGGAAUUAACAUUACAGACCACGAUAGCUAAAUGUUUCAGUGACUCCUUUUAUAUAAUGCUAUAAAAAUUGUUUUGCGUAGACACAG